AUGAGGGCACAGAACCUCGUUACGAUGGCGACUACCGUCGACGCCAGCGAGGACACCGGGCCAACGCAGAUCAGCACGACGACGAUUCUGCUCGUCCUCGCCACGGUAUUUGUAGGACUGCGAUUUUGGGCUCGACACUACGUGGCUGCGCAUUAUGGCCCAGACGACUGGUUGAUUGUGGCAGGAUUGAUUUCUGUGUUCGUGAUCGGCGGCCUAAACUACGGCAUGGUCCACUACGGUAUGGGCCGGCACGCGAGCACCCUCAACCUCGACAUGAUAGAAAACGUCCUCAAGCACCUACUCGGCUUCGAGUGCAUGUACGUCACGGCGGUGGCGCUCAUCAAGUUCUCGCUGCUGGCCAUGUACCUGCGCAUCUUCCCCAGCCGGGGGUUCAAGAUCGCGGCCUACAUCAUCGGGGGCACCGUGGCGGCGUGGUGGAUCGCCAUCGUCCUCGUCUGCAUCUUCCAGUGCAACCCCAUCUACGUCGCCUGGGAGCCCUGGAUGCCGGGGCAGUGCAUCGACCUCAAGGGCUCCUUCAUCGGGAACGCGGUGCCCAACAUCGUCACCGACAUCGCCAUCCUCAUCAUGCCCGUGAAGCAGGUCUGGGCGCUGCAAACCGCGCCCGCGCAGAAGAUCUCGCUGAUCUGCACCUUUGGCCUUGGCAGCUUCGUUCUCAUCGCGAGUAUCUACCGAUUCUCAACAAUCAUGCAGUUCGACCCGAACGACACGACCUUCACCCUCGCAACAGCAUGCACCUGGUGCGUAGUCGAGUGCGCAUGCGGCGUGAUAUGCGCAUGCCUGCCGACCCUGCGGCCCCUCGCCAAGAAGGUGUCGAGCCAUUUCGGCAGCACGCAGAACAAGUCGCGGACGACCAAGUCGGGCAGCCGGGCGACGGAGCUCGUGACCAUCGGCGGCGGCAACUCGCACAUGAACAGCAGGGCCAUGACCAAGAGCCCCUUCCAGAAGCUCGGCAGCAAGGACGGCGAGUACGGGAUGUACCCGGGAGAAGAGGACCUGUCGACGCCGACGCCCGGGGAGUUCGGCGGCGCCAACGGCAACAACGGCGGCGGCGGGAUCGUCAGGACGACCGAUGUCACCGUGACCACGACGACGCACGGGUACGCGAGCUCCGGGGACAGCGGGACGAUCCCGGAUCGGACUAGGAGCCAUGGGUUUGAGCAGCAGGGCAAGGGGUUCGUCUGA